AUGUUCUCAAACAACGGACAAGAUGCAGUGAUUGUUCACACUGAAAUCGUGUAUCCAACCCUCACAGACCCAGGCGGAUGGAUGGGAGACGCUCAGCACCGAUACACUUGGUUAGCAGCGAAUCUCAAAUACCAAUACUACAACAUCAUCGGCAACAACGCAAACAACAUCAACAACGUGACCAAAAGAGGCUUCGAGGUGACCCGCCAUCUUUUCCCUUUCAACCGCGAGACUUGCUUGUUGUUUGAAUCUAUCCUAGACAAAUCCUUGGAGAAUCUGUUCUGGGGAUGGAAAUGCUGGGAUGCGGAUAGGGCUGUUGUGGAUGCGCUCCUAGAGUCUACGAUAACUCCUGGCGACCAAGAAGAGGCGAACAAGGAAGAGGUGAAGGAGAAGCUUGAAGAAGCUAUAGGGGUUUCCCUGAACGCAGAAGCUUUGGAACUUGUGAUGCAAGAGAAACUAGCUUAG